GGCCUCAACUCUCCUCUUUCGGGCCCUGUAGAGUGGGAGAAUAUGCGGUCGCUCUGCGUUUUAUGGCUGGCCUCCUUACAAGUGCAAGCCGCACAAUCACCGCUGCCACGCUGUGACGAGGACUUAUCGCUGUCCUUGCUCCAGGCAAGAGCAUCGGCCCUCAAGGGGUACACCCUCCCACUGGAAUACGCUUCCUUCCGGCUCCUGCUCCGUGUCAGUAUUGGCACGCUGCCAGCUCGAGUGCUGCUGCUUGACACAGGAUCCUCCACAGUGGCCUUUUGCAACACAAGCUUGCCGGAGACACUGCCACUGUCAAACCAAACAGGUCUCAAGGCCUGUGAGCAGUAUGGUCCUACUACACCCGGUGACUACUUCAAAGACGGGUAUGUAGGCCCCUUCUUCCAAGGGGAGCUGACUCUGGGCACCGGUGGUGCCAGCAGCACAUUGCGCAUACCCGAUGCAAGGUAUGCAAUCUUUGCUGCAGGUUCCUGCGCGCCUCAUCUUUGUACUGGUCAGCCCAGUGAGGGCAUCUUUGGCGUUGCCUAUCGCAAGAGGAACAAGGUAUACCCUGCUUUCGCCAACUUAGCAAGCUCGUGCUCUAACUUUGCGGGGGACAUUGAGAUGUUGUGUCCGUCGACGAGUGCAUCUCUGCUACCUCCGUUGAUGCAAGAGCUGCGAAUGACUCCAGAAGGUUCAGAGAUCUUUGGAGUGUAUUGGUCUGGGGGUUCUGACGGCAGCCUCCUCCUGGGCCCUGCAGCCACGCAGACGGCACACUUUGAUCCCAGGGCGCCGACCGCACGGCUGGACUCAGGCGACGGAGCGUCGGGAUGGUACAACGCGAAUGUCAUGAAGAUUGUCAUCGAUGAUGUGGAGUAUUCUGGGCUUGAUUGCACAAAGCAUGCUCGUGCUUGUAUAAUCGAUACAGGCACUCCCGGGCUUCUUUUACCCUACCAGCUAGCCAGUUGGCUGGGUGGCUUCCCUUCAAAGCUACAAUUCUACUUGGAAGGGGCGCACCACCAGCCUCCAGUGGUACUCGACUUCGACUUGACUACCAUGACCUCUGUGGGAACGGUGCAGGUUAUGGACCCUCCUAAGGCUAUGUGGGAUCCCUUGCUUGUGCUGGGUCUGCCUUUGUGGGCCCACUACUACACGCUCUUCAACCUUACAGGGGACACCGUGUCCUUCACAAGGCAUUAG